AUGGCUUCCCAACCUCAACCUAAUAUCGCUCCCUCUACACAGGAGCAAGCUACUCCUGCAAAAACUCGGCCAUCGAGACGCCAAAGGCCGGAUUAUAGGCACAUUCACCGUUUCCCUCUUCCUCUCACCGUCCACCCACUCCCCCCUCUGAUCCCACACAACCCACUCUCCAUUGUCAGUGUGCUGCUUUCCUAUCUUACAUAUUUCAUUGCUCCGCCUCACAAUGAUAUUCACUCCGCCUAUUUCGAUCCAAACACGUCCUCGGUCCACGUUACCGACGAGAAGACUGUUCGAGCUUUAUGGGAAAUGGGUUUCUUUGGAAAAGGAAGCCUAAGCCGAAGCGAGCCGACUUGGCUAGAUCAAGAAAAAAAGCGAAGAGGACUCCUUGGAGGUGUAACGAGUGAAGAGGUUACUCGUCAGCGAAGAGCCGAGCGCCGUGAACUGAAACUCCAAAGAGCAAGGUCAGAGAAGUUGAUAAUAGAGCAAAGGCUUCUGGCAGAAGCCGCUGCAAGAGAAGGUCGCACGACUCCGGAAACUCAGUCUGGACUGCCAUCCGGUGCCACAAAUGGCGCUGCCAUAACUGCAGAGAAGUUCUCUGUAAAAAAGGCGCGAGAAGCCAAGUUUCUUGAAGGACAGCAACUCGCGAAACGGGAUAGGGAGAUUGCCGGCAAGGCGGUCCAGUUUUCUACCACAGCCGAAGGAAAUGAUUCUACGUUGAAGCAGUCCGAACAUGCUCACCUUAAUGGGGGGGAGUCUACUCAAGAGACGACGGUAGAUAACGAAGAACACCUCCAAAUAUCCAACGAGGAGGCAUUCUUCCUUGUAUACGGACUGGGAGCUUUACACAUAUUCGACAAGGAUCGAAAAACUGUUCUGUCACCGCGUUCCCUACUUAUACGGUUUUGUCACCAUUCGUACUCGCCUCCUCGGGACACGUCUCUGGACCUGAAAACUGACGACCCUUUUCUUAUUUCCUACGUUGUGUACCACCAUUUUCGAUCACUGGGGUGGGUUGUCCGCUCCGGUGUAAAAUUCGGAGUCGACUACCUACUAUACAACCGCGGCCCAGUUUUCUCCCAUGCCGAGUUCGCUGUCGUGGUUAUUCCUUCAUAUGACCACCCCUACUGGUCUGAAACCGAGGAUCGCAGAGCCGAGUGCACUGGUAAACAGGCACGUAGUUGGUGGUGGUUCCACUGCGUUAACCGUGUUCAGGCGCAGGUGAAGAAGACUCUUGUGGUGUGCUAUGUGGAGAUACCACCCCCAUCGCCAGGUCUGGAAUCUGGCUCGGCUGAUGGUCUUGAUGUUGGAACAUUGCUUACUCGCUAUUCUAUAAGAGAGCUAGACGAUAGCAUAGAUAUCGCGAGGCUGCAACGCGACGCGCUGGGUUUAGCCUUAUUUUAUGCGCCCAUAACAAUUGAGACGAAUUCUUCCCAAGACACUCUCGAUUCGGUAACCUUGCGACUCGCGGAUGAGCCUGUCUCGACAUCUAAUUCUCGAAACGCGCCCGACAAGUCGCCUGUGCACGGAACUGUUGGAGCUGGGAGGAACACGGCCCAUGAUGCUCCAGAGCUAUUAAAUCCGAACCAGCAGUCUCCUGAACGGACAACACUACUAUACUCCUCAGGAAAACCCACUGUGAAAAUGAGUUCUGCCGAAGCACUGCCUUCAGACACCCAGGAGAUUUCCCAAUCGAUAAUUGACAAAAUUAUCCAACAGAACAAAGAAACUGGGAACAAUGGGCUCGAUAGUAAUGUUUUUGAUCGGAAUACACUCAUGUCACUGCAGGAGGGAGACAGUGGUCAUAUAGACCUAUUUUCUGGGUUCGAUGCUGCUCAAAUUCGUGCACUGAACACCGACGAGAACGAGAAUGAGAAUGAUGACCAAAGCAGCUCUAAACUAGGCGACUCUUCUCCUCUUGUUUACGAGCGUGAUAAUUUCCCCGAAUCUCAAAGAUUUGUCGCAAAAACCCCUGUGACAGCGACGAAGCAGCAUGAUGUCGGGACUAUCUCUACGGGCUCUCCCCUCGUCUCUCGCAAUCCUCUAGCAUCGGAUCUAGAAUCUGCCAGUGGUAUUAUGGCUCUUAGCCAGGUGUUCAAGGCCACACAGGCGCCAUCUUCUCCUCUUGUCAAUGGCCUACAGUCAGAUCUCAUGUCCGACCGGCCCUCGCCGAAUAUCCCAAUACAACACCGGCCACUUGCUCCGUCCCUCUCGUCGCCGUUUAAUACCAUCGCGGCAACUUUCCCACGCGAGUCAUCGGACACGCCGUUGAAAUAUGUGACAAUGAAAGAAUCUCAAACCAACAGGAAUGACUUAUUGAAAGAGAGAAUGACUCGGUCCGCCGACCAUAUCUACGAAGAUCAGAGUGAUGGGGAGUUUGAUAAGGAACCUAGCUUUGUUGAACGUCAGAGACGUCAGCGGAGAAUCAAUGAGGAAGCUGAGGUACAGUUUGCCAUGCUCUCGGCGCCUGCGAGGAAAUCCAGCCCCAUUGAGAACCAGGCAGGGAGUAUAGCCGGCUCGUUAGUCGGGGCUCCUCAGCGAGAAUCAGUGGAUGGAUCUACAGAAGCUAUAACUGAACAACCACAUGGCCCUACUUCGGAGCUGCAGAAUGUGGGGAUGAGUGAAGAAGAGACAGAGCAGGAAGAAGAAUUACGGAAGCCUUCCCCACAAUCUCAACUACCCAAUCCAUCAACCGAGGAGGAUAAGGAGAAUUGUAACGAUCCUUCUAACGCCGACCCAUCUAACACAGAAAGCGCACACGACCGUCUUUCUCAAGCUCUCUCUCUACACGAGAGCCCGCUUGCUCCCCAUAAAGGGCCUGCUAAGUCAUUAACAGAUCCACAGUUGCAUCGACAAAACGACGACAUGGAUGAUGGUCCUGUUGAUGUGAUCAGAUCAUCACCGAUAUAUGUGGUGAAGGAUUCACAGCGCUCUCCUGGGCCUGAUUAUGUGGAGCAGCCCGAAGAUGAACUUAUUGAGAGUCCAAGUAACCGAAGCCAAAGUCGCUUGCAUGGCUCUCAACUACAAAAUAAAUCCACAACUGGUCACGAACAAGGCCGCUCGCUCCCUGCUAGGGAGGUUGAUCGUCAUGUUUCUAUCCAAGGGUCUCAGCAUGGCAGCAGGCAGUUUGAAACCGAGCAUAUUGGUAAUCUUAGUCCGACUCGGCCAGAUAUUGCCGGCCUUGCUAGGUCCUCCAAUCCGUCCCAGGAAGGCUCUACGGGCCUUCAUACCAACUUUGUCCGUUUCAGAAACUCAUCUGCUCCAAGCAGCAUUGAGAAUGGAGACAGGGCACCGGUGCACGAUUCUCGAGGCAAGUCGUCUUCAAUGCCGUCCCGUAUAGCCGAAACGCCUGUGCAUCAGCAGCAGCGAAGCUCUCACGAUUUGCAACCAUUCGCUACUAUCCCAGAGACAAGUCCAAACCACAUGAAUAAUGAAGGCUGGAUGAGUGAUGGAAACAACGAUCCUGCGGAUCAAGAGGAUGAUGACCUCCCUCCUCCACUCCCAAGAACAUUUGAUCGUGCCAACCAAUCACAGCCUCUUGUCUCCGAUAGUUCUUCUCCCAUUAAACCCUUGCUCAAUUCCAAAAUACUGUCAAGCCCAAGUGGACGGCAACGCAGGGCCUUGACGGAGAUAGCAGCUGAUGCUUCGCCCCAAGUUGGAGGCUCGGCAUUCGAUCUCAACAUCAAUAUUAUGAGUGCAGACGAUCAUGAAUUUAGGUCUGCUAUCGCAAUGUCGCCGAUUCCACCACGCAAAAAACGACGGAGCAACGAUGGUCGGAAUAUACCGGCCUCAGACCCAAUAAUCCCAGUUACGCCCCGUUCAAAAGCACGUCUAACUCCACCACGAGAGGAUGAAGAGGUGACCGUGGCACCACCUCCCCAACCAAUAGAUCCGGCAGGCCAGCGUCAGCGUACCUUUCCCGGACGCCCGAAAUCUUCGAGACGAUCCGACUCCUUCUGGGAUAUGGAAGAUUCACCGAAAUUUAAGGUUUCUAGUAAAGAAAGAUCAAAAAUAUUUGCUCGCUCUCUCACUCGAGAACGUCGACCUCCACCUGCUCCAAAAUCAGAGACAAAAGAAGUCUCCCAAUCUAUUUCUGCCCCUAUUUCUGCCCCUGUCCCUGCCCCUGUGCCGAACCCGGAGGAAAUAACUCCUACCCCAGUCCCUGAGGCACCAAGCAGUGCACCGAUUGUUGAGGAGGCACCCGCCGACGAAUACCAACAACCUGCCCUUGAUGCCACGAUAAUGGCGCCAAAUCAGGUCCUUGCACCCUGGAGGGGUCAGAAGAGGGCAUAUUAUCCGGCAGCUUGCUUUGGAAAGCCGUUUGGAACCCCGCAGGAUCAGUACCUGGUCAAGUUUGAAGACAGCGCACCAGUUGAGGUGCCCCUAGGUACCGUUAAGAGGCUCGAACUGCGGAUCGGCGAUGCAGUGAAAGUGGAUAUGCCAAAUGUUCCCAAAGUUACCCACAUUAUCAGAGGUUUCGCCGACAAGUUAAGUGCAGACGAGUUACGGUCGAAUGAGACUGCAACGGGUUUCAUUCCAGUCACCGAUGUGUACGGGCACUUAAUCGUUGUUUUGGGGCCGAAGCAACGCAAGAGUCUUCCGAGUGGAGGGUUCUCAGGCCCGGAAAAUGUUAUCAACGUCCCCAUCUCCCGAAUAUACCUGGACACCAUACUGUGGAACCAACUCAAAGACCGGCCCUACACUUACAACUCUGUGUCUGUAAGCGCAGAAAUUAGGCCUCAGACCCCCUCAGAUCGGCACCUUACACCAACGUCGCCGAGCACCCGGCUGUCCCGUAGCUUCCGCCUUUCAAAUGGCUUGUUUACUGGCAUGGUAUUUGCAGUGUCAUACGGUGACAAGAGCGAGACCAAGAGCCGCGUAACAAAAAUGAUCCUAGAAAAUGACGGGCGAAUUCUGGAGGAUGGGUUCAACGAAUUAUUCGAGUUGCCAUUGAACGUGUCGCUGACGACACCGACGAAAUCACCAGCUCCGCAAUCAACAGGCGCUAAUGGUGGUCUCCGUCUUAGGCCAGGAGCUGAGGAGGUUGGAUUCGCAUGUUUGAUAGCAGAUAAACACUCUCGUCGCCCGAAAUACAUGCAGGCAUUGGCUCUCAGUCUCCCAUGCCUCUCAGACCGCUGGAUAGAAGAUUGCGUUGCAAAAGGUCGGGUUUUGGAUUGGGAGAUAUAUCUUCUCCCUUCAGGAGAAUCAUCGUACCUCAACGGAGCAACAAAGUCAAGAAUUCUCACACCCUACCCCGCCACAAAAGCUCGACUUUCUGAAACAGUUGCAGCGCGGCCAAAUCUUUUGAAUGGCCAGUCUGUAUUGCUCAUUACAGGCCGUAGUGGCAAGGCAGAUGAGGAACGAAGAAAGGCUUAUAUCUUCCUAACAUAUGCUCUGGGCGCGUCGAAAAUCGAACGUGUUCCUGAUAUUCGGUCAGCUCGAGCCAUCCUCGACCAGCAAAACUCCGGCGAGGAAUCAUCCAGUUGGGAUUGGGUUUAUAUCGAUGACGAUGACAAGGCAGCAAAAGCCCUAACUGCGGGGAAUGCUGGAUCAGCAUCGCUGCCGUCGAAGAAACGGAGAAAGUCCCGGCUUAAUGAGCCGGUAAAUGGGGAUGACCUGAGUAUAAACAACGACGUUCGGGUCGUGGGCAAUGAAUUUGUCUGCCAGAGUUUGAUUCUUGGCCGAUUGGUUGACCAGUGA